CCCGUACUUAAAAACACGCCUGAAGUAUGGAGUCCCGAGGGAACACUGAAAAAUUGCUUUGACAAAACCGAAAGGAAUGAAAAGAAGUGCACUUCAAACACAAACCCAGACACCAUAAAUGCCGUUCAUCUGGAGAGUACUACGCCAAAAGCAAUGAAUGAGGUGACGUACAGGAAGUGCCGCCCCCGUGAACGAGUAUCUUCAGUAUUCAUUUUCAAAAGCGUUCUCGCGUCGCUUCAAUGAACGCGCCAGCCUCGAUGUCAUUCGUCGGCGGUGUCGGAGGACCCUUCGUUUCUGCACGUUCCGGAAAAACCGCGUCUUGCCAAAGAGCGUGGAAAUCUACUUGUGCAUUUUACACACAGCAAAAGUGCUUUUUCGUGCGCUGACUUGGUUGCUAAUUCUCUUCCGUCUUUCGGGGACCUCGUUUGCCAGUGGAAUGAUUAGAAACGCAGCGUUUGCUUUAACUCUCUUCUUCGGUCUUGUAACGUCAACGGCGUCGCGUUUUUUUUCGCUUGCUCUUGGCUGGAGGUUCGCUGGAAUAGAAGAGCAGCGAGUUUGAGCAGUGAAGGGGGCAUUCCUCGCGCCGCGCUCGAGACGCGCUCGGAUCUUGACCGCGCGCUGCAGCAGCGACCAAUCCAUCUACGCGUUCAUCCAUCAGCGCGCUGGACGUGCAGGUUUGCCGACAGUUCUGGCUAUAAAGUUCGACAGUUGCGUUUUGAUGAGUCUUAACCAAUGAGUGUGAUGCUAAAUCGUACAGUUUUCUUCAGAAAUCGCGUUUUGAUGAGAGAACUCGCGUCAACGCGAUGUGAAUUUGACAUUUUUCGGAGCUUUUCUCUGUGAGAGAAUGCACGUCGAGUAACCGACUCUUUCCUGCUCUCGCUCGUUUUUGUCGUGUUUUAUAACGAUGGCCAACGAAAUUCGCUAUGACAAUCGGGAUAUCGUGGAGAAAUACCUCAAUCACAAACUUUCAAAGAAGGGAUAUGAGUGGAAAUUUCAGUCUUCUGGGGAGGAUGAUGACACCAUCAAUACAGGAGCGGUGGAGGGCUCCUCUCCAAACUCUGACAGGAGGCUCCAGGCUCCCUCAGCAGGAGGGGGGAACGACUCUGAAUGCCUCAUAGCAAACCGGGUCACGCGUUCAGACCCCUAUUCGAGGAUCUACCGGGCGUUACGCGAGGCUGGGGACCAGAUAGAAAGAAUGUACCAGCGUGAAUUUGAGGAGAUGUCCCACCAGAUGAUAUUCAGUCCAAACGCAGCACAACGCAGCUUCUUAGCUGUGGCUGAAGAGCUUUUCAGAGACGGAGUGAACUGGGGGAGAAUCGUCGCUUUCUUUGAGUUUGGUGGCUCCAUGUGUGUGGAGAGCUUCAACCGGGAGAUGGCGUCCCAGGUAGAUAAUAUUGCACACUGGAUGACGGACUACCUGAACGGGCCACUGGAAAACUGGAUCGAGGAAAAUGGAGGCUGGGCUGCAGUUCUGAAGAAUUCACCCUGAUCUUCCUCGCUGAACUGCAGGGGGGGGGUUUAGCUUGAGGACUCAACGUUGGACUGAAGAGUGUUGGGGUACUCUUUGUCUCUCAGUGCUUGUUUGGCAUAAGCGUGGCUCAGCAUGUCCAACAAUGCACUGCUCUUGUCUCUUCUUUUGUCUGGAGGGAACAUGUUUCUUGGUGGCUUUUAAGCAGUUCAGAGCUGAAGCCAAGUAUUUCCCCCUUUGGGUGCCUCAGGGUCAGCCCUGUCCGUCGCUUGCCAUCUGCUUUUCGGUUUGCUCUGGGCACCGCAGGCCCUGUUGAUCUCCUCCUUAUCCCCCAAAAACCGUUUCUACCACCCGUCCAACACGAGCCAACAGAAGUUUCCAAAACCGCGCUCUUCUUGUACAAUAUGUGUCCUCACUUAACUGCUCUCCCAGGCCAUUGAACUGAAAAUGGCAGACCUCUCACUUACAUACUUGGUCCCAAUGUGGACAAAAAGAUCUAUCAUUACUUCCAAUUCAUUGCAAUUUUUUUUCUUUAACUACAGAAUGGGGAGUUAUUCACACAAUGUGUUACCAAGGAACCCCUGCUGAAUGCUAAUAAGAUGUUAUUUCAAGAUAGCACAAAGUUUGAGCAGUGCUGGGUCCAGAUAUGGCAGAAUCAAAGCUAAGAUAAGUCAAACAGUAAUUAUGUAUUUUAGGUUCAUCCAACGCAGCUUGAAUUAUUCAUGUACAUUGGGAAAGAGGCAGUCUCUGCCUGUUAAUGUUAUAUAUAGCCUGUCUUUACAUUUAAGGCUCUCAUUAAGGCUUGUUAAACUAGAUCUAUUUUGUUAAAUGUCAUUUUGUGGACCUGGUUUGAAAACAUCUCGCCUUUCCCAUACAGCAGAGUGGAUGUGAAGUCCACACACAGUGCAAGGCUUCACGUGUUACAGCCUGAACAUGUGAACUGCAGCUCUAAAAUGCAUUAGCACUGUUUCUCUCCACACUUGUCAGCAGAGAACCUGUGCUCAUUCAUAUUUGAUAGGGCCAGUAACCUCAACACUAAAUGUUUUUUCCUCACAACACACUUAUAAAUUCAUUAUAGUCCAAUCAGAUGUCAGGCAAAAGAUGAGACAUUCUUUCUAGUCAUGCAAUGACAGAAAAGGCAAGCUGGGAAUGCAAAACCCUUUGGUUGUUCUGGUCUGCAUGAUUUAUCAAGCUGCUAGAUAACAUUUAAUGCUUAUAUCUAAAAUCAAAUAUGAACUUCUGAAAACUUAGGCCCUUUAAGUCAGAGAUAUGCUGAUUUGGUGCUUGAGAAACAUGUGCUAAAUAUUUUUGUGCAAAACAUGGUACUUUUCUUCAGGAAUCUAAAAUAAAUAGAAAUUCAUAAAAGUAUUUAAUUUUUUUUAAUAUUAUAUAAAUCUUUGUUUAUGAUCUAUUUAAUGUGCCCUCAUUGAAAUAAAGUUUUAUUAUCUUUUAAAAUAAAAAGCUUACCUAACUUUGGACAUCCUAUUGGUAUAAUUAUGUGAAAAUUACACUGUUAAUAGACAAUAGUAAUUUAAUACUCUAUAGUGAAUAACAACAGUGAUACCACCUCUUUGCUUUCGUUCUCUUUUUACUGUCCCAUCUGUUCUAGUGACUCUGAUACUCUGGGACGGUGCUUCAGGACAGCCUGCUGUUGGGGGAAUUUCCUUGUGACAGAGUGCUGUUUAUUUGGAUUAGAGAUAGAGCUGGUACAAAAAGACAUCAGUUUUCCUAUUCAUCUUGCACACAACAUCAGUUCUGUUAAAAACUGUAGUGUUAGAGAUCUGAACAGGAAGUGUGGGACACAACCCCCUGGCUUGGAUAAGGAUGGGGAUGUGUGGGUUAGUUAUGAGGGAGCCAAAAGCACAUUCCCAGAAGGCUGAACACAGCUGGGGAGCUGAAUGCUUGAACAACAGAGCUUUGAGAGGCAACCAGGCGCAUGUUGUAAUUCCAGCCUUGUGAUUUCCCUGCACGUUGACCACUUGCGGCUACAUUUCAAUAAGAAUUACAUCACUGUAAUGAUUACUGGAAAUGAUGCUUGUUCCAAAGUCUGCAUGUAUUUAUUGUAAGCAACAGUGCUCAAAUGAAUCUAUAGGUUUAAAAUGACCAUUCUCUAUUCAAGUUGGGGAAGAAAACCCAUGAUGCCAUACUAAAACAAGUAGCAAGAACAACUAAAUCUGUCUGUAAGAGUUCUGAGAUGAGAAAGGAUACCUUACUUUUUUACUCAAACCUCUCAGGUGGAAGUAUCAGAAGGGCUUUCAGAGUACAUUCAUGCUGGAAGUGUUACACUGCGUUGAAGUCAUAUCAGAAAGAUCGUAUUUAGAAAAAACAUGAACCUUACCACAAUGUCUCGAAUGGGGGAAUUCUGGACUUUCUUUAAAUCUGUUUGGCUAUCUUAGAAUAUCAGUUUCAAAAUCAUGUUGAUGGUACACACACUUGUAAUAAGGGACAUGGCUGUUUCCUUCCUAUGCCAUCUUGUACCAAAAUGAUUUGAACGCAUCUGACAUUGUAAUUACGACUUCCCAACUUGUAAAUAUGAAAUUCGCAAGAGGACUACUAGCUCAGAUAGCAUGGCCAGAUAACCAUCUGAAGUGUAGAAUAAGUGGCAUUGGUGAUACUAGAGGCAGACACAGCUUGGUUUUGGAGCGGAGGGUGAUUCUAUCAUCCCUUGUGGGUUGGAUCGGUCCUUUGAUGAUGGCAGGUGGGACUGAAGCACCUCUCUGAUGGUGCAGAUGAAAGCAAGGAGCUCUGUCACUUUCCAGUGUAAUGCCAUGUAGUGGAAAGCCAUGUGGAAAACUCUCACGCUCUCUAUUCAGACUCUCACGUGGCUCAUGAGUCUUCACAUGUUCUGUCCAAAUGGAAACGUGAGCACAUGUUCACCUCAAACACGCAAGAUUGAUUGCACUAUGAAUGUAGCACACAUAACAUGUAACUAGGGUUGAAUGCAUUGGAUCUAUACAGGCCUUAUAGGUAUUGGGCAUGCCAGGCCUGUGUAGGUGAAUGCUUCUGAACUGAACUGUGCCAGAUUUAUUGGCACCAGUGUGUUCGAAAGGGUGUUCAGCGCACAGUCAAUACUGAAGCAAUUUUCCCCAUUUUCUCACUGAUGGGAGAAAUUAGAUGUCUAGACAUGGUUCAUGGCUGCAAUAAUCAACUUGCGCAAACAGUGUAGGAAAUUCACCAAGCAGUUUAAUUUUUUUCACCCUCUGCUGAAACUGAAUGGUUCUCAUGCUUCUGUAAUUUCAGAAAUUUUUGAGGGUUAUUAAAAUCUGCUUUAAGAAAAAGAAGAAAAAACAUGCUGUUAGUUGCUAGGUAACAUAACAGCAUUGACUACAACAUGUAUAGUGGAUUUAUUUACAGCGCUUGUGCAGACUUCUUUGGUUGUUCAACUGCUGACCCGAAGGCAGAACUCCAAUUUAUACAUGAGUGAUUUUGCUGGUUCAGUGGCGAAUGCAAACACCAUUUUUUUGUUUUAAAUACUGUGUGAAAUACUUUAUCUCUUCUAAAUGCAUGUUUUUGAGCUUGUUGUGAUUAUUUCAUCCAUACAAAUAUUUUAAUGUUCUACUUUUUCAAACCAUGUUGUUGUUUUUUUUACUAUUAUUAUUUCUAAAAUCUGUUUCAGUUAGAUAUAGAAGAAAUGGUUGAUUUCUUAAUAACAUGUAGUCAGUUUUUCAGUGAAACAGAAUAAGUGAAAUCAAAUAUUCAAGCUUUUCUAUUCUAUUCUAUUCUAUUCAUAUAUUUCAGUAUUGGUGUGUUGAAGUUUACUUAUGAGGUUUACAGCAUUACUGUCUAUGACUGGAUUAUUUGUAACUUUCAUAUUAAUUCUAGAUUUUCCUUCUUCAAUAAAUAUUCUUUGUUGAACAAAAUGUAGUAGAGCAUUCCAUCAAAGAGCCGUCUGGAAGACCACACAAGUACACCAAGAAGUAAAGUCAUUCACAUGCACAAACAGGGCUCCAAUGGAAGAAUGGGGAUUUGACACCAGGGACAGAGGUGGCAGAUGGGUGAUUUAGCAUGCAGGCAGCCUGCAGGGGGACCCUCCAUCUCCCCUUCUUCUGCAUUUUGAUCAGGAGGAGGAGCAGGAGGGCGAAGACUUGGGAACAGAGAGAGACGCAUAGCAACACACUCAAGAGCCCGACUGCCCCAUCUCACUAUUUGUCUACUGGCUCCUUUCUUCCUUCAGUCUUCUUGGAGGCUCGCGCUGUUGUUUGCUUUCUCACACAGCUGUUUGAUAUUUAGGGGUGAGACCCGUGGGCCCGAUCUGUCGCGGCGCAGUGCAUAACUCUGGCGUGCCUUUCAUUCUCUUGGGUUUCUUUAGAGACACUUACAAAGUGUUAACAGAGAUGGCUAAUUGAUGGCUGAAGUUCAGUGUUUCGCAGUGUGUUUAUGACUAAUGAUCUUGUGUCCUGUGAACAGUGAUGUCCUGCAGGCUGACUAGACAAAAGAACGAUGCUCGCUUGCUAACUGGGGAUCCAUGACAAGACACAAGGCUUCUAAAGCGUGCGUUUGUUAUGCCGAGAGAGGAAACCGCAGAGCCAUGGAAUCUUGACCUCCGUCAUGUGGCUUCCAUUUUCAGACAGGAUUCACACACCCGCCUGACCAAUGCUGUAUUUCCUUCCAUUCAACUCAAUAGUGGGAUCGUUGUAGCCGACGGCGGGACUUUUUCAGUUUGACCUCCAUCACGUUCUUCAGCACAAUGCCCAAGACCCACUCCUGUUCCUGCUCUGAAUGGGUCUCAUAUGAUGUAAUGCAUGCAGUGAUGUGUCAAUGUGUGGUGAGAAGGGAAGUUGGUUAAUGUAAUAAUUAAUGGUAAGCUAUUUGAAAGUCACACUUUGUUAAGGUUCACCUGAAUGGAACCUGUCCUGUUUAAGGAUGGAAAGCAUUUCCAUUUUAUCAUUAACCACAACAAGUUGUUGUGAUCAAAGUUUUACCUGUUUUUCCAUUCGAAAUAUUUGCGGCGCUCAUCACUCAUACUGAAAGAAUGCGCAAACUCCCACAGCGUCUGUUCGGCGAUUUCGAUGUACAUUUUCAGAGGUUUCAAAACUCGAUUUUUAGCCAAAUGAAAAAAGGACCAAAAUACUGUUUUGACGCGAAUGCAAAUGAAUGCAAAAGUAAAAAAUUCCCCUUUCUGCAGAGCUCUCUCUGUUCUGUUUACCUACUAGCUGAACAUUGAGAGAUUGAAAGUCCCCUUUUGGUAUUCCCCUGCAAAAGGAGAACAAAAUCAGAUAUCCAAACUAACUGCAAGGGUCUCAGCGGGGCAUAUUUGAGCACUAAAACCACUCCUUUCAACCGAUUAACAGUAAAUGAAAGACUUCAGUCACGUUCAGUUGGUUAUAACCUGCUUUUGGGUGGGAGGAAAAGUAAUGCUUUUAAUCUUAAAAUAUUCUCUGAAUGAUCAUGUUAUGACUAGUUUGUGAUAAAAGCACAUGCUGCUUACAGAGUUUCUUUUUUAUGUUAGCUUUAGUGAUCUUAUAAACGUUAGAAUAACAACACAAUUUUACCGAAACCAGGUAGUAAAGAGUGUUAGUUUGUGCCUGUUAGAUGUGUGAGUAAUGUUUUCUCAGAUCUUAGGAGUGUGGAAAAAUUGCCUGUACAAAUACGACCUAGCUUGUUAAGGAAAAUAGUUUGUUCCGUACCUUUAUCUUUGAUGUGGUCACCAAUCUCUUUGUGUUGGCGUAAAAAACAUCUUUAUCAAGGAUCACACUCACCAUCUAUCCGCACAACACCCUGAAACAGGGCCUUUGUGUAAGAAAGUGCAAGUAAACACCUUAUUGUUUGGUUUAGAUGGAGAACUUUCUUACUAAUUAGCCUUUCCAGCACUUCAGUAUCUCCAGAGAAAGACUUCUAGAUAGGUUAGGAUGACACAGUUUUGUCAUUGUUUUGAUGCAGUCCGCAGGUGGCCGUUGGAGGUCUGAUUCAGAACAGCAACAUUACUGUGACCUUAAAGUGACCUUAACUUUGUUGUACAGUUGUGAAGUCUAAACGUCUCGUUCUGUUUUUCAGCAGGAUUUUUGAGCUCUUCUGCCCCUAAAAUGUUCCCCUACGUGAUUCCCACAAUAACAAAGCCAGAUUGUCUUUACGCCCACAUCAAUGCAUUCCUUUCAUUCUUCUCUUGGAGGCCAGGCUAAGAUCAGCUGAUAGACAGAGACGAAAUGUGAACAAGAAAAAAAGAGAGGUCGUUGAACCUUUCCAACAGAGGAAGAGGGGGAAAAAAUGCUUGGGAGGCGUGUGCGUGGGUGGUAGAUCUGCGUUGGAGGGGGUGUGGGUGUCGAGGGAAACGGGUGGCGGAGGAAGAGAGGGCUGAUUAGAGAGCAACUGGGGGAGAAGAAAGGGGGGAGACGGAAAAGCACUUCCAGAAGGCCUCCAGCCCAUGAGCUAAUGCUGUAAAAAUCUUUCCUUUUUUCUGCUGUUUGUAGGACUGAGGUUGGGGGCAGUCUUUGCAUCUGAACCUCCCACGGUCAUCACCCACACUGUCUCUGUGGGCAGAGGUUUGACUUUCUCUUGUGUACCGCUUUUCGUUCUUUAACAGCAUUUCUCUUUUUACUGACUCUUUAUAUCCCAGAAGAGAGUUUUAUUGCUCAGGUUGCUCAGUAGGCUAAAUAGGGGCUCAAUAAUAAGGAUUUUUCUUCUGCCCUCCCAGUUGGACCAGCAGUCUAGAAUCUACUUGCUCUGUCGGUGUUUUCACUGGUUCACAACUCAAACAAAUAUGUUAUUUG